AUGAGCAUUAUUCACCGCAUAUUAGAUCUUCUUAUCUUUAUUGGCGAUGAAGAAGAAUAAACUGAAAUACUUAAAUUUGAAGCUUUUCAACAAAAAAAUUUCUCAAUAGCAGUUGCUUUUAUGCGCAUAGAUUAACAAUAAAAAGGAUUUAUUAAAGCUUGUGAUUUACAAGAUUUUUUAUCUUCAAAUGGGUAUCAUAGUAAUGGUAAUGCAUCAUUAAAAUAUGUAUCUCAUUAUGAUUUCGAUGGAGACGAAUAACUUACUUUAAAAGAAUUUGAAAGAGCUCUACUUCCUUAAUCAUCUGCUCUAUUAAAGCAAGAUAUCAUCAAACGACCUGGCUACAAUGUGAUAAAAAAGCUACCUAUCAAACUAGAAGAAAAAUUGUUCUUAAUAAUUAAAAAACAAAUAUAGUUUUACCAUAAAUUACUGACCAAACUAUCAAUGAUAUGGCUUGACUUCAAAUUAGAUUUAGAAUAAAUUUUUUAGUUUUUGGAUGCUAAUUAAAUGGGAUAUAUAAAUGCUUAAGGACUCUACUAAAUAUUUUAAGAGUUUGGUUAUACUUUGUAUAAAGAUUAAAUAUAAUUUAUCAUGCAAAAAUUUGAUUUAAAUUUAAAUGGAGUAAUCACUUAAAAGGAUUUUUGUAAUUUGCUUUAAAUUACUAGCGAAAUAGCUGAGGAUAUGCUUGUCAAUUAGCAAUCUGUACAUGAAUUAAAAUCUGAAAAUAGAUUUUCUAAUAGAAAUUAGCGUUCAUUAACACAAUAAGGAGAAAGUCCUGGUAGUUCUUUGAAAUAUGAAUAAAACUCUCACAAUAAUUAAUUCAAUAAAUAUCAAGAAAAAAGAACAGAUUCUUUAAAUACCACUAACACUUCAAGAAAAAGAAUAAUUUCUUUAAAUAAGCCAGGAAAUAGCUAAAUUAAUAACUUGUCAAUGUCUUAUCAAAUUCACUUGAAUGAUACCUUUUCUUAUGCAAAAAAAAGAUGCAUUUCUUCAAAUAGAGCAUGCCAAAAAAAGACAGAUUAUUAAAAAAUCAUCAAUAAAGAUUUAACUCAAUUUUUAAAAUUUUUGGUUGAAUACUCUAAAAGGAUAUCACAUAUAGAUUAAUUAAAAGUACAGCUGCUAUCAUAGCCAGAUAUAGAUGCAACUGUUAUUUUUUCUUUAUUUGAUAAACAUUAAAGAGGUUUUUUGGGAUAAGACGAUUUUACAGAAGGGAUGUAUAAUAUUGGGCUAAUUCCAAAUAACAUAGAAUUGAUGGUCUUAUUCAGAAGAUUUAGGCUUGAGUAGGAUAUGCUAUAAAUUUCGUUUUCUGAAUUUACUCAUAUCAUCUGUCCAUCUAACCCUCAAUUAAUUAACAACAUAUACUAAAAAUUUGACUCAUACUCCGAAUAAAAAUAUGAAUAUCUAUCUUACACAAGCCAAACUCUUUUAAGAGAUUACUUUUCUGCUGAAAUAGAGAACCAGAUGUACAAAUAUUAAUUUACUUAAAGUAUUUAAAACACAUAAUUCACAGAAAGAGAUUUGAUAUCUACAAUAAGUAAAAUAUCCCCAUUACAUCAAGGAAUAAUAACAUCUAGAGACGUAGAAAAAUAAUUGAAGUAAAACGGAUUAGUUUGUAGCAUAAAAUAUAUACAAUAACUAUUUGAAAUAUUGAACCAAAAAUAAUAAGAUAAUAGCUAAAAAUAACAUUAAGUAUAAAAUUUCAUCCAAAUAUAAAAUAUUGUAGACGAGAUACUAUAUGAGUGA